AUCUGGGUUACCAGCAGCAACAGAGGGAAUCGGCGCACAUUCAUAGGUGUCAUUGGCACUGAGCGGAGCGCUGGCUGUCAUCCUCAACAAAGGAAUGGUUUGAGCGCACUGUCUCCGUGGUGAUGCCGUGUAUCAGACAUAUAUCAUCCAUAGGUUGUGCCAUGCAUUCAAGGAAUAGGUGAAUCGCGCGUGCCAGAAGAAGCCUUUUGCGCCAGUGUGCGCAUUUGGAGAGGCGCAUCAGCCGUGAUCAGACUGCAGCUUUACUGGAUCAUUGGACCUUGCGUUUGCAUUUUAUUUUGCUCUUUUGUUCCUGGCCUUCCCCCCCCCCCCGUUGAAAUAUAAUGUUGCGCUUCACAGCUGGCAGGCUGCUUGUCGGAUUGUUCUUUUUGGGUUUUUUGCACAGUUCGGAGGUGGUUCUUCCAGCAAGGGCAAUAGAUGCUCCAAAAACCUGCAGCCCCAAGCAGUUUGUUUGCAGGGAUCAGGUGACGUGUAUCUCAAAAGGUUGGCGGUGUGACGGGGAGAAGGACUGCCCGGACGGAUCGGACGAGGCCCCAGAUGUCUGUCCUCAUAACCGUGUGUCGCGGUGUCCUCCUAAUGAACAUCAGUGUCUGGGAUCAGACUUGUGUGUUCACAUGAGCAAGCUGUGUAACGGCGUCCCCGACUGCACUGAUGGAGGAGACGAGGGGGCGCACUGCAGAGAAUUGGCCCUCAACUGUACUCUCACUGGUUGCCAGGACAACUGUGCUGUCACACGCACCGGCGCCAUGUGCUACUGCAAGAGCGGCUACGAGAUCAGCCAAGACGGAAAGACCUGUAAAGAUUUUGAUGAGUGUAUGGUGUAUGGCACCUGCAGUCAGACAUGCACAAACACAGACGGCUCGUACACCUGCUCCUGUGUGGAAGGUUAUCUAGUUCAACCAGACAACCGCUCCUGCAAGGCCAAGAACGUGCCUGUGGAUCGUCUCCCUGUCUUGCUGAUCGCGAACUCUCAGAACAUCCAGAUCACGUCUCUGAGUGGCUCCAGCAGCCCAUCACUCUACAUAAGCACAAAACAGACCACAGCCAUGGACUUCCUGUACGCGCAGGAAACAGUGUGCUGGAUUAAUGUAGGCGACUCCCCCGCGGGAACGCAACUGAAGUGCGCUAAGAUAACAGGCCUCAAGAGCUUCACAGAUGAGAGAACCAUCAACAUCUCCCUCAGCUUACACCAUGUAGAACAGAUGGCAAUAGACUGGCUCACAGGAAACUUCUACUUUGUUGAUGACGUGGAUGAUCGAAUCUUUGUAUGUGAUAAAGAUGGAGCCACAUGUGUAACACUGUUGGAUCAAGAACUCUACAACCCUAAAGGCAUUGCUCUGGACCCAACUAUGGGAAAGGUUUUCUUCACUGACUACGGGCAGAUCCCAAAGGUGGAACGUUGUGACAUGGAUGGACAGAACCGAACAAAGUUGGUGGACAGUAAAAUUGUCUUCCCGCAUGGUAUCACCCUGGACUUGGUCAGCAGAUUGGUCUACUGGGCUGAUGCUUAUCUGGACUACAUCGAGGUAGUGGACUAUGAGGGCAAAAACAGACACACCAUCAUUCAAGGACUGUUGAUUGAGCAUCUUUAUGGGCUCACAGUGUUUGAGAACUAUCUAUAUGCCACAAACUCCGACAAUGCCAACAUGCAGCCUAAGACCAGCGUGAUCCGCGUCAAUCGAUUCAACAGUUCAGAUUAUAAGGUGGUCACCAGUGUCGACAAGGGAGGAGCUCUACAUGUUUACCACCAGAGACGCCAACCCCCUGUGCGGAGUCACGCCUGUGAGCCAGAUCAGUUUGGAAAAGCUGGAGGUUGUUCAGACAUCUGUCUGUUGGGCAACAGCCACAAGAGCCGGACGUGUCGCUGUCGGUCUGGCUUUAGCCUGGGCAACGAUGGCAAAUCGUGCAAGAAGCCUGAGCAUGAGUUAUUUCUGGUGUACGGCAAGGGUCGUCCAGGCAUUAUCCGUGGUAUGGACAUCAACCCUAAAGUUCAGGAUGAAUACAUGAUCCCCAUCGAGAACCUGAUGAACCCUCGAGCUCUGGACUUCCAUGCACAGAGUAACUUCAUCUACUUCGCUGAUGCCACCAGCUAUCUGAUUGGCCGACAGAAGAUUGACGGCACGGAAAGAGACAUCAUUCUUAAAGAAGGUAUUCACACUGUCGAAGGAAUCGCUGUGGAUUGGAUGGCCAAUAAUCUUUACUGGACAGAUGAUGGUCCCAAGAAGACCAUCAGUGUUGCUCGGCUCGAGAAAGCUUCUCAGACCAGGAAGACUCUCAUUGAGGGCAAGAUGACCCAUCCUCGAGCUAUUGUGGUGGACCCUCGGCACGGCUGGAUGUACUGGACUGACUGGGAGGAGGACCCAAAAGAGAGCAAGCGAGGGAAGAUUGAGAAGGCCUGGAUGGAUGGAACCAACCGGAACGUUCUGUUGACGUCUAAGACGGUUCUGUGGCCCAACGGCCUGAGUCUGGACAUCCCUCAGGGCAUCCUGUACUGGGUGGAUGCUUAUUACGACCGAAUCGAGAUGGUCUAUCUCAACACCACUGCACGCAAGACGGUUUAUGAUGGACAAGAGCUGAACCACGCCUUUGGCCUGUGCCACUACAAACACUUCCUGUUCUGGAACGAGUACCGCAGCGGCAGCAUCUAUAAACUGGACCAGAACACCAAAACAGUCACUUUGCUACGCAACGAACGGCCACCCAUCUUUGAGAUCCGCAUGUAUGAUGCCCAACAGCAGCUAGGAAGUAAUGCGUGUAGAGCCAAUAACGGCGGCUGUAGUAGUCUGUGUUUGGCCACUCCCACAGGCAGGUCAUGUGCCUGCGCUGAGGACCAAUUACUGGACCCCGCAGACAACACCAGCUGUAAAGCCAACCCGUCUUACAUUCCCCCUCCGCAGUGUCAGCCGGGAGAGUUCGCCUGUAAGAAUAACCGCUGUAUUCAAGACCGCUGGAAAUGCGACGGAGAUAAUGACUGUCUGGACAACAGCGACGAGACGGCUGAACUGUGCCAUCAGCACACAUGCCCUGCAGACCGCUUUAAGUGUCAAAAUAACCGCUGUAUCCCAAUGCGUUGGCUGUGUGAUGGAGACAACGACUGCGGCAAUGAUGAAGAUGAGUCUAACACCACAUGCUCAGCUCGGACGUGUCCGCCCAAUCAGUACUCGUGCGCCAGUGGCCGCUGUAUUCCCAUCUCCUGGAAAUGUGACCUGGAUGAUGACUGUGGGGACCGCUCCGAUGAGCCUGCAUCCUGCGCAUACCCAACCUGUUUCCCGCUCACUCAGUUCACCUGCAAUAACGGACGCUGUAUCAACAUCAACUGGCGCUGUGAUAACGAAAAGGAUUGUGGGGACAGCUCUGAUGAGUUCAAUUGUCCGAGCAAGACCGACAAUGACUGUGGUGACAACAGUGAUGAAGCCGGCUGCAGUCAUUCAUGUUCCAGCGCUCAGUUUAAAUGUAACAGCGGUCGCUGUAUACCCGACUACUGGACCUGUGACGGAGACAACGACUGUGGUGACUACAGCGACGAGACCCAUGCCAACUGCACUAACCAGGCAACCCGUCCUCCCGGUGGCUGUCACACAGAUGAGUUCCAGUGUCGUGUGGACGGGUUGUGUAUUCCCCUCCGAUGGCGGUGUGAUGGAGACACUGACUGCAUGGAUCUGAGCGAUGAGAAGAACUGCGAGGGUGUAACACACAUGUGUGAUCCAGCAGUAAAGUUUGGCUGCAGGGAUUCUGCGCGGUGUAUCAGUAAGGCUUGGGUAUGUGAUGGUGACAGCGAUUGUGAAGAUAACUCUGAUGAAGAUAACUGUGAGGCGCUGGUGUGUAAACUCUCCCAUCACGUGUGUGCUAAUGACACCAGCAUUUGUCUGCCCGCUGAGAAACUGUGUGAUGGCAAAGACGACUGUCCUGAUGGUUCCGAUGAGAAACUCUGUGAUCUGUGUUCUCUGGACAAUGGUGGCUGCAGUCAUAACUGCACAGUGGCCCCGGGUGAGGGCAUUCUGUGCUCGUGCCCACUGGGAAUGGAACUGGGCACUGACAACAAAACAUGUCAGAUCCAGGGCUUCUGUGCCAAACACCUGAAGUGCAGCCAGCGUUGUGAACAGGACAAGUUCAAUGUGAAAUGUUCCUGCUAUGAUGGCUGGGCCCUCGAACCUGACAUGGAAAGCUGCAGGAGCACAGAUCCAUUUAAACCCUUCAUCAUCUUCUCCAACCGUCAUGAGAUCCGACGGAUUGAUCUGCACAAAGGAGAGUUCAGCGUGUUGGUGCCAGGCCUGAGGAACACCAUCGCACUCGACUUCCACCUCAACGAGAGCUCGCUCUAUUGGACUGAUGUUGUUGAGGACAAAAUUUACCGUGGAAAGCUGUCAGAGAAUGGUGCAGCGCUGACAAGUUUUGACGUGGUGAUCCAGUAUGGAUUAGCUACUCCUGAGGGUCUGGCUGUAGACUGGAUCGCUGGAAACAUCUACUGGGUGGAGAGUAACCUAGAUCAGAUCGAAGUGGCCAAACUGGACGGGACCAUGCGCACCACUCUACUAGCUGGAGAUGUGGAGCAUCCGCGGGCCAUCGCGCUGGACCCCAGAGAGGGAAUCCUAUUCUGGACAGACUGGGAUGCCACAAUGCCCAGGAUAGAGGCUGCAUCCAUGAGUGGACAUGGCAGACGCACCAUCCAUAAGGAGACGGGCAGUGGAGGAUGGCCGAAUGGACUGACUGUGGACUAUCUGGAGCGCCGCAUUCUGUGGAUAGAUGCCAGAUCUGAUGCAAUCUAUUCAGCCAAGUAUGACGGGUCGGGACUGAUCGAGGUGCUCAGAGGACAUGAGUAUCUCUCGCAUCCGUUCGCUGUGACGAUGUAUGGUGGAGAGGUUUACUGGACAGACUGGCGCACAAACACACUGGCCAAGGCCAACAAAUGGACAGGAAACAAUGUCACUGUGGUUCAGAGAACAAACACGCAACCUUUCGAUCUGCAGGUGUACCACCCAUCUAGACAACCGCAAGCGCCGAACCCGUGUGCUGCUAACGGUGGUUUGGGCCCAUGUUCUCACCUGUGCUUGAUCAACUACCAUCAGACGUUCUCCUGUGCCUGCCCACACCUCAUGAGACUGAGUGAGGACAACCACACCUGCUACGAGUCGCGUCAGUUCCUGCUGUACGCCCGUCAGAUUGAGAUAAGAGGAGUGGACAUCUAUAAUCCAUACUACAACUACAUCAUCUCCUUCACCGUCCCUGACAUCGACAACGUCACGGUUGUGGAUUACGACGCUCUGGAGAAGCGCAUCUAUUGGUCUGAUGUUCGGACUCAGACCAUCAAGAGGGCCUUCAUCAACGGCACAGGAAUAGAGACGGUGGUGUCUGCAGAUAUUCCCAACGCACAUGGUCUGGCAGUGGACUGGGUGUCACGUAAUCUCUUCUGGACCAGCUAUGACGGCAAUAAGAAACAGAUCAAUGUCGCCAGACUGGACGGCUCCUUCAAGAAUGCUGUUAUUCAGGGCCUGGACAAACCCUACUGCCUCGUGCUGCAUCCCAUACUGGGGAAACUGUACUGGACUGAUGGAAAUAACAUCAGCAUGGCCAACACUGAUGGCAUGAACCGUACCAUGAUCUUCACCAAUCAGAAAGGACCAGUGG